AUGCACUGCUCCCCCGCGACCCCCCCCCCCCACCUCCACAGCCGCUACAGCCCCUACAGCCGCAACAGCCCCUAUAGCCGCUACAGCCGCUACAGCCCCUACAGCCGCUACAGCCCCUACAGCCGCUACAGCCGCUACAGCCCCUACAGCCCCUACAGCUGCUACAGCCGCAACAGCCCCUACAGCCCCUACAGCCGCUACAGCCCCUACAGCCCCUACAGCCACUACAGCCCCUACAGCCUCUACAGCCGCAACAGCCCCUACAGCCGCAACAGCCCCUACAGCCCCUACAGCCCCUACAGCCCCUACAGCCGCAACAGCCCCUACAGCCGCUACAGCCGCUACAGCCCCUACAGCCCCUACAGCCGCAACAGCCCCUACAGCCCCUACAGCCCCUACAGCCGCUACAGCCCCUACAGCCCCUACAGCCGCUACAGCCCCUACAGCCGCUACAGCCCCUACAGCCCCUACAGCCGCAACAGCCGCAACAGCCCCUACAGCCGCUACAGCCGCUACAGCCCCUACAGCCGCAACAGCCCCUACAGCUGCUACAGCCACUACAGCCCCUACAGCCACUACAGCCGCAACAGCCCCUACAGCCGCAACAGCCCCUACAGCUGCUACAGCCCCUACAGCCCCUACAGCCGCAACAGCCCCUACAGCUGCUACAGCCCCUACAGCCACUACAGCCCCUACAGCCGCUACAGCCGCAACAGCCCCUACAACUGCUACAGCCCCUACAACUGCUACAGCCGCUACAGCCCCUACAGCCGCUACAGCCCCUACAGCCCCUACAACUGCUACAGCCCCUACAGCCCCUACAGCCACUACAGCCCCUACAGCUGCUACAGCCCCUACAGCCGCUACAGCCCCUACAGCCGCUACAGCCCCUACAGCCACUACAGCCCCUACAGCUGCUACAGCCCCUACAGCCGCUACAGCCCCUACAGCCGCUACAGCCCCUACAGCCCCUACAGCCGCUACAGCCGCUACAGCCCCUACAGCCCCUACAGCCGCUACAGCCGCUACAGCCCCUACAGCCCCUACAGCCGCUACAGCCGCUACAGCCCCUACAGCCCCUACAGCCGCUACAGCCCCUACAGCCCCUACAGCCGCUACAGCCCCUACAGCCCCUACAGCCGCUACAGCCCCUACAGCCCCUACAGCCACUACAGCCCCUACAGCCCCUACAGCUGCUACAGCCCCUACAGCUGCUACAGCCCCUACAGCCCCUACAGCCCCUACAGCCCCUACAGCCGCUACAGUCACAUGAAAUGA